GAGGAGAGAAGAGGAGGACACUAAGACAAAGCAUUAAAGCCAUGGCCAAUAUCUCUCAUGAUAAUGGAGAAUUUUAUGUAGUGGAGAAGCAAGCGAAGAGGCCUUUCAACUUGAUCUCUCUUUCGAAAGACUUUCCACUUGAAUACACCUUUCUGUCUCCUCGUAUCAUCAUUGCCUCUUCUUCUCUUUGAUCUCAGUUCAUAGACAGGCGUUCUUGUGUUUGUUGUCUGUUUGACUAUUGAUCUAAUGGGGAGCUACAGAGUCUGCAUGUGCUUCCAACGGCGGUUCAGGGUGGAAGAGGCGGUGCCGCCGGAGGAAGUGAGGGAGCUCUUUAACAAGUACGCCGAAGGUGGGGCCCACAUAACUCCGGAGCAACUCCUCCGCUUCCUCGUGGAGGUUCAGGGCGAGGGUGGUGAUAUCGACGCGCGGCAGAUUGUGGAGCAGGUGAUGCAGAAGCGGCACCACAUUACCAAAUUCGUGAGGCACACUCUCACUCUCGACGACUUCCAUCACUAUCUCUUCUCUCCCGAGCUCAAUCCCCCCAUUGGAUCUCAGGUUCAUCAGGACAUGACAGCACCCUUAUCCCAGUACUUUAUAUUUACAGGCCAUAACUCCUAUCUCACUGGCAAUCAACUCAGUAGCGAUUGCAGUGAUGUGCCAAUUAUAAAGGCAUUAAAUAGAGGUGUAAGAGUGGUGGAGCUUGAUAUAUGGCCCAAUUCCACGAAAGAUGAUAUUCAUGUUUUACAUGGAAGGACAUUGACAACUCCUGUUGAGCUCAUUAAAUGUUUAAAAUCUAUUAAAGAGCAUGCUUUUGCUGCAUCUCCUUACCCUGUCAUCAUAACUUUGGAAGACCAUCUUACACCAGACCUUCAAGCGAAAGUAGCUCAGAUGAUUACUGAAACAUUUGGGGAUAUGCUGUUUCGCCCGGAGAGUGAAAAUUUUAAAGCAUUUCCUUCACCUGAAGAAUUGAAGCAUCGGAUUAUAAUUUCAACUAAGCCCCCAAAAGAGUACCUCCAAGCUGGAAGUGCUGAUGUGAGUAUAAAGAGGCCACAGGAUUCAAAGGAUUUUGAUGGAGAUGAAAGUAGAAGGGAACCCUCUAAUGUUACAAAGGAUCAGAAUGAAGAUGACAUUGAUGAUCCUGAAAUGACUGAAAGUGAAGAUGAUGAGUCAAACGAUGAUUGUGCCCCUGAGUUAUGCUCAUUAGUUUCAAGUUAUAAGCGUCUAAUUGCUCUUCGUGCUGGAAAACCUAAAGGCGGCCUAAAGGAAGCAUUAAAAAUUGAAAUCGACACUGUUAGACGCCUCAGUUUAAGUGAACAAGCCCUCGAAAAGGCUACUGAGUCUCAUGGAACUGAUGUUGUAAGAUUCACCCAGAAGAACUUCUUGAGGGUUUACCCAAAGGGUACACGGUUUAACUCCUCCAACUACAAGCCGCUAAUUGGUUGGAUGCAUGGUGCUCAAAUGGUUGCCUUUAAUAUGCAGGGAUAUGGCAAAUAUCUUUGGUUGAUGCAAGGAAUGUUUAGAUCCAAUGGAGGGUGUGGUUAUGUCAAAAAGCCAGAUCUUCUUAUGAGGGAAGGCCCAGAGCAGGAGAUAUUUAAUCCUAAAGCUGAUAUGCCAGUGAAGAAGACUCUGAAGGUUAAAGUAUACAUGGGAGACGGAUGGCGUAUGGACUUUAAACAAACUCACUUCGACUUGUAUUCCCCACCUGAUUUCUAUGUCAGGGUUGGUAUAGCUGGAGUGCCAGCUGAUGAUAUAAUGAAGAAAACAAAGAUAAAAGAGGAUAUCUGGGUCCCUACUUGGGACGAAGAAUUUAGCUUCCCAUUAAGGGUUCCUGAACUUGCUUUGCUCAGAGUGGAAGUUAAUGAAUAUGACAUGUCAGAGAAGGACGAUUUUGCAGGCCAAACAUGUUUUCCAGUAUCCGAACUGAAGCAAGGAAUCCGCGCAGUUCCCCUCUGUAACCGCAAAGGCGACAAGUAUAACUCAGUUAGGCUUCUUAUGCGAUUUGAGUUCACAUAAGUACCCUUUUAUUGCCUAUGUUCUCCGUGUCCUUGCCCUCAUUUUUCACUCUUAUAGGAGAAAGAUGGAUAGUCGCAAAAUGCAAGUCCUGGUACAUAUGAAGUUGCUAUUCUUUGUUUUUGGGUUAAGUCCACUGAAGUUUAGUCAACGCGUUUUAUUAGUAGAUAUAACAAGUUGUUCUGUAACCAUGUCCGUCGAUAAAUUUGCUUCAGAGUUCACACAGCGUAGUGGGUGAGCAUGAGUUAUAUCUAUCAAGCAACAUUUCUUUUGUAUUUAA